CUGACAUCAGGACACAUCAGGAAAAACGGUGGCCGGUCUCUAGUUGAAGGCGCUAGGUAGGCUGUAGCGGUGCUGAAAGGUCCCUUCACGCAGUCGACACCGCUGCCACCUCCGAUCAGUGAGCAACGAGCUUCUUCUGCCCUGCUUCCACAACGCUGAGACGCGUGCCUUGCCUAUGGGGGGCAGAGGGCGGCAGCGAGGGACUGCCACCAAGGGCCGCGACACAGCGGACCAUCGUCGCAGCACCUGGGCCAAGAACAAGGAGAGAAGCACCUGGUCAGCAGGUGAUGCUGCCCCUUCAGAAGGGCGCCCCCCCGGCGAGGAGGAGGGCGGGGCGCAGCGCGAGUCCCUGGGUGUGCGGCUGGCCAUGUGGGACUUUGGGCAGUGCGACGCGAAGCGGUGCACGGGCCGCAAGCUGGCGCGCAUGGGCCUCGUCAAGGAGCUGCGCGUGCAGGCGCGCUUCGCGGGGGUCGCGCUUACCCCCGUGGGUGUGCGCUGUGUGUCUGCUGCGGAUCGACCGCUGGUGCAGGCGCACGGGCUGGCGGUGGUGGACUGCUCGUGGGCGCGCCUCGACGAUGUGCCCUUUGACAGGAUCCGCUGCGCCGCACCCCGCCUGCUGCCGUGGCUGGUGGCUGCCAACCCCGUCAACUACGGCCGCCCCGCCAAGCUGAGCUGCGUGGAGGCCCUUGCGGCAGCGCUGUACAUCUGUGGAGACAGAGGCAACGCGGAGGCAGUGCUGGCCAAGUUCACGUGGGGCCACGGUUUCAUCUCGCUCAACAAGGAGCUGCUGGAGGCGUACGCCGGGUGCGCGGAUGGUGCGGGUGUGAUUGCGGUGCAGGAAGCCUGGCUCACGGCGGACCCCCGCCGCAGUGUGCCGGCCGGAGACGAUAGCGAGGGGGAGGCCAGCGGGAGCGGGGACGAGGACGAGCUGCCGCGGCUGGAGCGGAAUGCGAACCACCGGGGCUGGUCAGAGGACAGCGCGAGCGGGGACGACCAGGACGAGGACGAGGACGAAGGGACGGAUGAUGAGGUGGGGUCGGAGGAGAGAAGCGGGGCAGGCAGUGCGGAGGAAGAUGGAGGCGACGAGGGUGGUGGGAGCGGGCGGGAAGAGGACGGGCCGGGUAGCAGUGAGGAGACGAGUAGGGGGCGCGGAAGUGGCCGGGGGGGACCGGGAGCAGGGCCCGUUAGCGGAACAAGCGAGUGCGCGGAGCUGGACGAGGGGACUGGAGCACGACUGCAGAAGGUACCCGGGGCCUGUGCAGCAGAGCAACCAAACCGAGGGGUGGAAGCGGACCGAGCUGACCUUCCAGGUGGUCCUCCUCUAGAUAACAGGUUGGAGUCAUUGUCCUUGACCUAGCAAUGACAUACCCGGAUAUUGACGGAACAGAAGUUUGCAUGAUUCGGGUUCGCGGUGUCGUCCGAUCCAAAGUCAGCAAAACUUCGUGAAAAUGUAACAGCAGUGUCAUGAAGAUGCGACCAAAGUGCAGCAUUCAAUGUGGAACGUGGCAAGUCCAAUGUUAAACUUUCGUCGUCACCGUGCGUUGCACAGCCCAAAUUGAAGACUCUUAACGUACUCAUGGGUUCAAGAUGGACUCGAGAAAGAAGUACAUGGCCCG